GGGCAAUAAUUUUAUGCUAUGAAAAGCGCCGUCUUUCAACGAUUCUAACGUGGACGAGAAAGCAGGAAAUCGGUAGUUACUGAUUUGAUGAAAGAAUACGCAAAAGGAAUGGCAGUGUAUCCAUAAACGUGGUGUGGAUUGUGCAUUGUGCAAAGACAUUGUGGUGAGGCUGAGACUGAGGACUUGCCAUUCAAGUCGUAGGUAUUGGUAUGGGUGGUUGUUCGUGAUAAUAUUGAUUUAUCGUAAGAAGCAUCUAACCUCAUUCCGUGCACGUGACAUGCAGGUGAUCAUGGUUGAAUUGGAUGUUGGUACCAGUGAUGGAUAAUCACAAAGAAGCUGACCAAGACAUGGCUGACAACAGCAGCGACAGUGACUCUUCAAUGGAGGAUGACACGCAACAGGAGGAAAUCACCACCCUUAUGAAAGAGGUGCAGGAGUCGCCGUACAAGUACGACUCUCACGUGCGGCUGAUCGAGCUUCUGCGGUCGUCCGACAGCCGGCAGAUGCUCACUGAGAGUCGCGAGACGAUGAACAAGUACUUCCCCCUGUCACCAACGCUGUGGCUGAGCUGGAUCCGUGACGAGCACCAGUGGGCCGAGACGGACGAGGAGCGGCAGCGCGUGCUGGUGCUCUGUGACCGCGCCGUGGCCGAGUACGUCAGCGUCGACCUGUGGCUCGAGUACUGCCAGCUGGCCAUCGGCGGACUGGCGGCCGCCGACGGGCCGGCCCGCGUGCGCGCCGUCUUCGAGCGCGCGCUCACCGCCGUCGGCCUGCACGUCACCAAAGGGGCGCUCAUCUGGGAGGCGUACCGCGAGUUCGAGAACGCCCUCUACAGCACACUGCAGGAGGCGGGCGGUGAGGCGGCGGCUGAGGCCCGCGGUCGUGUCACAGCCCUGUUCCGGCGUCAGCUGCGCCAGCCGCUGGUCGGUCUCGAGCUGUGCUGGGCGGAAUUCGAGGCCUGGCUGGCGGCCGACGGCGCCGCACCUGACGCAAACGACAAGCGAAACUACGAGAAGGCGCUGGAGCGACUGGAGACGCUGCAGCCACUCGAGGAGGCGCUGACGGAGGAGGCGGAGGGCGGCGGGACGGUGGCCGCCUACCAGCAGUACGUGCGGCACGAGCUGACGGACGGCACGCCGGCGCGCGUGCAGCUCGUCUUCGAGCGCGCCGUGCUCGACAACUGCCUAUCACUGGAGCUGUGGCAGGCGUACACACGCUACCUGGACUUUGAGCUGCGGCCGGCCGGUGACGUGACGCUGGCGGUGCACGAGCGCGCCGUCCGCAAUCUGCCCUGGUCGGCCGAGCUCUGGGAGAGCUACAUCCGCGCCGCCGAGCGCGCCCAGCUGCCGCUCGAACGGCUGGAAGACCUGGUCAGCCGGGCGCUGGUGAGCGGUCUGCAGACCCCGGCUGACGUGCUGCUCGUCUGGCUGGCCUGGAUCGACCUCUACCGGCGACGGCUGUCCAGUGACGGCCGUAAGGGUGCCGAGCUCAUGGUCAGCAUGCGGGAGCAGUUCAACAAGGCCUGCGAGCACCUGGCGCAAGCGUUCGGCAUGGACGGCGACCCGGAGUGUGUGCUGCUCCAGUACUGGGCCAGUCUGGAGGCGGCCAACGGCUGUCUGGGCGAGGCCACCGCUCUCUGGGAGGACAUCCUCAGCCAGGGACACGACAAGUCGGCGCGCAUGUGGCUACAGUUCCUGCGGCUUGUACAACGGUUCGGCACGGCUGAGCAGCUGCGGAAGCUGUGUGCACGCGCCAUGGAGCGCACUGUAGACUGGCCGGAGAGCGUGUACGAAUUGUGGGCGGCCUUCGAGCGCGAGCGAGGCACCCUCGACACCUGGGACCAGAUGGCUUACAAGUACCGUGUCCGCAUGAAACGUGUGGAAGCAUUACGUGCCAAGGAGGUUGAAAAGCAAGCAGAAGAGCAACAACGGGUACAAGAGAAGCUCGAGAAGAGGAAGCAGAGAGAUGUUGAAAGGAGGAAAACAAAGCGUCAGGAGUUGAGGGCAGAGAAGCAGCAGUUUGCGAAGCCCGAUUCCGCUGCCGGACAGAAGAGAAAGCGCGGCUCAGAGGAUGCAGAGGAUGAGGAGGAGGAGCCGCGACCGGCGCCGGCUCAGAGGACGGCCGCCGACCCGGCCAUGCCCCCGCCCCCGCCCGGCUUCAAGAAGCCCGCGCCGCCCGCCGCCGACGGCAAACCAGCCCCGCCCCCGGGCUUCAAACCGCCUCCCCCUCCCGGCUACAAACCGAAGGAGCCGGCGAGAGAAGCGCCGCCCAAAGCGGGCGAGGAGGGCGGCAGCACGGGCGACGUUGAGCGGGACUCGCGGACCGUGUUCCUCAGCAAUCUCGACUUCAACAUGAGCGCCGACCGUCUGCGGCAGCACUGGCAGUCCACGGGCGAGAUCGCCGACCUGCGCGUCGUCAAGGACUACAAGGGACGCUCCAAGGGCUUCGCCUACCUCGAGUUCACCAACAUUGCGGCGGCCGAGGCGGCGCUGAAGCAGGACCACAGUCCGAUCGACGGUCGGCCGUGCUUCGUCUCCCGGCUCUGGAGCGGCGGGGAGCGGCCCAAAGCCUUCAAAUACAACACCGGCAUGGAGAGAAACAAACUCUUCAUCAAAGGUCUGUCGCUGAAGACAACCGCUGACACCCUCCGCACCAAGUUCUCCGAGUUCGGGCCGCUUAAGGACGUCAGGCUAGUCACCCUCCGUAACGGCUACCCCAAGGGCAUAGCCUAUGUCGAGUUUGAGGACGAGGCGGCGGCCCAGCGGGCGGUGGAGCAGACCGACCAGACCCAGCUGGAGGGAAGCACCAUCCUGGUGGCCAUCAGUGACCCGUCCAAGGCCCGGGGUGGAGCCGGCGGACCGACCGGCGCCGGCGGGGCGAGCGGCGCUGGCCGACCUCCGCCCCGACCGGCCGCGGGCCGAGGAGCUCCGGCCAGGGGUCGCCGGCAGCAGACGGCGUUCGUCCCACGCGCCCUGCAGAAGAGGCCGGACCAGGCGGCGUCCGGCGACCCUACCGCGCCCCCCAAGAGCAACGCCGAGUUCCGAAACCUGCUGCUGGCGAAGAAAGACUGAGCGCCGCAGCUCGGAGCUGGGAGCGUCGUGACCCUCAUCCACAUCAAAGAGCGCUGUUAAUUUUCACUGUCAAAUACAGUUUUUUGUUUACUA